UGUGUCCUGACCAGGAAUCGAACUGGCAACCUUUUGGUGCAUGGGAUGACGCCCAACCUACUGACCAACGCUGGCGAGGGCUCGAAAAUAUUUUUUAAAAAAAUUCUGAAACAUCAAAAAGAGUGUCUGUUGAUUUUGGAAGAAAUACCCAGUAACAAACAUGACUGAGUUCUGGCUUAUUUCGGCUCCUGGGGAGAAAACAUGUCAACAAACAUGGGAGAAAUUGCAUGCGGCAACCACAAAGAACAAUAAUCUUGCUGUUAGUUCAAAGUUCAACAUUCCUGACUUAAAGGUUGGCACACUGGAUGUCUUGGUUGGUUUGUCGGAUGAACUGGCUAAACUGGAUGCAUUUGUAGAAGGGGUGGUUAAGAAAGUGGCCCAAUAUAUGGCUGACGUAUUGGAGGAUAGUAAAGAUAAAGUCCAAGAGAAUCUGCUGGCAAAUGGAGUUGACUUGGUUACUUAUAUAACAAGAUUUCAGUGGGACAUGGCUAAAUAUCCAAUCAAACAAUCUCUGAAAAAUAUUUCUGAAAUAAUUGCCAAGGGAGUGACUCAGAUCGACAAUGACCUGAAAUCUCGAGCAUCUGCAUAUAAUAACCUGAAAGGGAAUCUUCAGAAUUUGGAACGAAAGAAUGCAGGAAGUUUGCUAACUAGAAGUCUCUCAGAAAUUGUGAAGAAGGAUGACUUUGUUCUUGAUUCAGAGUAUCUCGUCACGUUACUGGUUGUAGUUCCCAAGUUAAACCACAACGACUGGAUGAAGCAGUACGAGACACUAGCCGAGAUGGUCGUUCCCAGGUCUAGCAAUGUGCUCUCAGAGGACCAAGACAGUUACCUUUGUAAUGUCACCUUGUUUAGGAAGGCAGUUGAUGACUUCAGACACAAAGCCAGGGAAAACAAAUUCAUUGUUCGUGAUUUCCAGUAUAAUGAAGAGGAGAUGAAAGCAGACAAAGAAGAAAUGAACAGGCUUUCUACUGACAAGAAGAAGCAAUUUGGACCACUUGUGCGGUGGCUGAAAGUGAAUUUCAGUGAAGCAUUUAUUGCGUGGAUUCAUGUGAAAGCAUUGAGGGUUUUUGUAGAGUCUGUUUUAAGGUAUGGCUUGCCAGUGAACUUCCAAGCAAUGCUACUUCAGCCCAAUAAGAAAACAAUGAAGAAACUAAGAGAAGUAUUAUAUGAAUUGUAUAAACAUCUAGAUAGCAGUGCAGCAGCUAUCAUUGAUGCACCUAUGGAUAUCCCAGGCUUAAACCUGAGUCAGCAGGAAUACUACCCCUAUGUAUACUACAAGAUCGAUUGCAACUUGCUGGAAUUCAAGUGAAAACGAGCUCCUCCCGGACAGCCCUGUCCUUGUGUUGGUGUAUGCUCACAGAAAUAGGCUGAAGUAUGGCAGUGCUUUUAGCUCUAUUACCCUUGCUUGCUUCUGACCCUUUUCCUAGGUGAAUUCUCCCAUCGUGGUCCAUUUCCAAGCAUUUUCUUUUAAAAGAAAAAUGUAUGUCUUGUUUGUUUUUAUUGAUCAGGUCUGUAAAUGUGUACUAAAAAAAUCAGAGUCUAUUUAUAAACAGAAUAGUUUAUUUAAAGAGGUCUUUCCUCACGAUGUUGUGAUAUGCAUAAUUCCAUUUGUUACUGUUGUGCACAGAAGCCUUGUUUACAAGGGAAUGGUGUAAACAUUUAUGCCAUUUUGCUUACUGUAUUUAGUAGACAUAACUGUUUAAUAGUUACUGAAUCGUGAUGUAAAGAAAUGUGACAAUAUUCAGGUAUGUGCUUUCUCAAUGUUUCAAAUGAAAUCUCGGAGCUUUGUUGACAUCCACAGGAGAGAAUAAAAUUACCUGUGCAAAGGUGUAUGUGGUGUGCGUACCUUCAGAUUACAGUUCAGCUUGAGAGUUUAAUGAAUGGGAUCAGAGCUCACUUGCUGUGCCACUUUCAGGAUGGGCAUUUACAUUUGGACACUAGACUCAUAGUUCUCAAAUCAUUAGGAAGUAGGGCCAAUUUUGAAUAAAGUAUAGCAAAACUGCAGCUUUAGUGAUUUGUCUAAGUAUUUUACACAUUUUAAAGCUCUAUAAUUAUAAAAGCCUUUAUUUUGACAUUUAUGACAUAGUCUGAAGAUAGAAGCAUUGCUAGCCUUAGUGCACGACUUAGUUUAGCAUCGUUAGAGCUUUUAAACGAGGGUUUUGUCACAGAGCUGCCCUUCCUGUGCCCUCAUCGCCUAGUUAAGUGGGAGAAAGAAGUUUACGUUUCAUUUUAAGGGCAUUUAUAAACCUAUUUUCUCUAGAAAAUUAGUCUCCAAGAUCUUUGUAUUUCAAAAUUAAUUGUUAAUUUCAAACUAUAUAGACUUCUAAAAGUAAAACAUGAGAGAUGAUGCCUGCUCCUUCCACUGCCCUCCCUGCUCUACCCACCUUCCCACCCCCAGCCAGUUGCUUCUUCCCAAGGGAGUUUAUGUAUGUAUUCUUCCAGGCCUUUUUGUAUCUCCACAGCAUAUGUCACACACAGAUACAUGCACACGCACACACAUGCACAUACAGUUUAUUUUUAAAUAAAAAUAAGAGCAUACUGCACAUACUCUGUCACCUUUUUUCUUAUUGGUAUACCCAAGAUAUCCUUACGUGUCCGUGUACCUAGAGCUACCUCAUUCUUUAACCAGCUGCGUGGUUUUCCCUCGUGUUUGUGCCAUAAUACAGUUGACGGAUGGCUGUCAGCUUGUAUUAGUUUUCGCUACUGCUUUAGUAAACAUCUGGCACAGAUGUCUUUGUUUCCUUCUAUUAGUAUUUCUGUAAGAGAUCCUGGAAGCAGAUUGGAAGGUGUGUAUGCUUACAUUUUGACACAUAACUGCCAGGUCAUCCAUUAAUGUUCAUUGAAAACCUGUUUGGAAUGCAGAUUUUAUUUUCAGUUUUCCUUCGGAUAAGAGGAAGCUGAAAAGUUUUGCUGUUGAUAUAAAAUUCUGGUUCUGUUUCUUACGAGUAUUCUUUGAGUCUUAGGAUCUGUAAAAGGAAUAUAAUCUCUAUCAUGGGCAAUGUGUUUUGCUGAUUAAAAGAUUUGUAGGCCUACGCAAUAUUUAAGGUUUGAUUUAGACUUUGAUACUAUUCUGAUAGGAGUAGGUAGAAUUGUAUCAAUCUAAAAUCCCAGCGUAGGUCUGGAACUACGGGACUUGCGCUAUGACUUUUCUCAGGGACGCAGUCCAGCAGAGUGGCUGAGUGUAGCUCUGGAGCCAGAGCCCAGCUCUGCCACGGAGCAGCUCUGUGGUCUCCACGCUCGGUCCCUCCUUCACGGCCUAGAGAUCCCCCUCUCACAGGGCUGCUGUGCUGGGGAGGCAAAUUCCCAAACGCACAUCGAGAACUUAGAAAGGUGCCUGGUAAGUGCUUGAAACAUGGACUUACAAUCCUGGAGGAGUGCUGGUCGCUCCUCGUUCACUGGUGUGUGAUUUGGAAUUUCAUGGUCCAGGACACUGUGGAGUCUGAAGACCAGAAAGAAGUAAUUGUGGGGGCGGGCAAGGUGAAUAACAGAGCUUGUGUCUGUAACAUAACAUUAAAGCAGUUUGAGUGUCUCCGA